CCAGAGUAGUGCGCGCCGACUCCGAGUGAACGCGGGCGCCGCACGAAGGGGACGGCGGGCCCCCCCUCCCCCUCCCCCCCUGCUUGCCCGGUCUCGGACAUCGGCGGUUGCGGCUGAGACUCCGCGCCUGGGGUCCCUAAAUUUAGGCGCGCCGGGCCAUGCUCUCGGCGCGAGUCGUCGCGGCUGCCUGCUCGCCGCUUCGGGACAGGAUACAUGCGUCCACGUGAAGUUGCGCCUAGCGACAACGCGCCUGGAAAGCCGCUCCCGACAUUGUCGUCGUCCAGUCAACUGGCGCCUUGCUGCGGUGGACGAGUGACCAGGCAGGCGAACUACGGCAGCAACUGUGAGCGUCGACCAAGAGUGCUUCAACAUUUGGCAGAAUUGGCUGAACAAGUGGCCGCAGCGUAUGGACUAGAUUGAUUAGUCAUAUACAAGUGUUCAUCUUUUACAAUCCACACUCGCUGUUGAACAAUGUUGCGUUUGUAUUUGCCAGCCCAGAGUAUUAUAUAUUCGCUGCAUGUAGCAAGAAAAUGACCUAAGGAGUACGAAACUGUGUGCGCCGAACCAGUUACGAGGACAACGCUAGAGCCUACGAAAAGAACGAUAGUUGUGUCUUAGUUGCCUUAAGCGUUGGACCUACUACGUGAGCUAGGAACGCAAGUGGCGGCUACCAUACAUUGGAAACAUGCUGGAUAUCAUACGUAGCCUGAAAUCGCUCCUCAAGACAAGCCGCGUGCACAUCGACAACGAAGUAUUUCGCCUACACUACACGGCCACGGUUAUAAUGCUGCUGGCUUUCUGCAUCGUCGUGACCACCAAGCAGUUUGUCGGAGACCCAAUUGACUGUUCCAAGUCCACGGACGUGCCCCAGAGCGUCAUCAACACCUACUGUUGGAUUCAUGCUACUUACAGCGUGACGAGUCUUAUGCGCCGUGACUUAGACACCAUCGUGUACCCUGGUGUCGGACCGGGCAGCUCUAGUAACGUGCUCAGCGGUACCAAGGAUCACAAGUAUCACAGGUACUAUCAGUGGGUCUGCUUCAUGCUGUUCUUUCAGGCCACAAUGUUCUACCUUCCACGAUGGCUGUGGAAGUUCUGGGAAGGUGGCAAAAUUCAAGCACUCAUGAUGGACUUGGACGUCGGAAUGUGUGGCGAAGCGGAAAAGAAGCAGAAGAAGAAGCUCCUGGUCGACUACCUGGUCUCCAGCCUGAAGCAGCACGACUGGUACGUGGCGCGGUACUUUUUCUGCGAGCUGCUCGCGCUCGUCAACGUGGUGGGCCAGAUGUUCCUCAUGGACCGCUUCUUUGACGGCGAGUUCCUCACCUACGGGCUGGACGUGAUCCGCUUCCUGGACCAGGACGACGAGGAACGGGUUGACCCCAUGAUCCGAGUCUUUCCGCGAGUCACAAAGUGCCAGUUCUUCAAGUUUGGCCAGUCCGGGAACCGGGAGACGCACGACGCGAUUUGCAUCUUACCGCUAAACAUUGUGAACGAAAAGAUCUACAUAUUCCUCUGGUUCUGGUUCAUCCUACUUGCGGCGGUCACUGGCAUGGUUGUGCUGUUUCGCGUCAUCAUCACUGCCUGCCCACCGGUGCGCGUGUACCUGCUGAACCUGCGCUUCCGCAUCGUGCAUCUGGACCACCUGCACACCGUAGUGCGCCGGGGCUCCCUCGGAGACUGGUUCCUCAUCUAUAUGCUCGGUCAGAACGUUGACUCCAUCAUAUUCAAGGAAGUGAUUUCCGAGAUGGCCAAGCGCAUGACCACCGAGCCCAAGGAGUCGUCCGCAUGACGACGCGAGUCCCGGCCGCCGCCGCUCGGCCGACACCCCUUCCACCCAGUGCCUCCACCGCCGCACGAAGACGUCUGACGCAAUCCCGAUGGCCGCGUGUUACCGGUGUCCUCAGGAUGGCGGGGUCUUGCCCGGCGGAGCAGCAUGUGCUGCCUUUGUUCACUACAUGCUCUUCUCUCUUUUAGUGCACAGCCGAGGCAUCAGUCUCUGCGGCUCGUCACAUCUACGGUAGUCAAGCGGUGAAGCAGCCAAAGGUAUAGUCUUGCGCACUAGCCAGAACUGAAACCGCCGGUGCAACCCGAGUAUCCUUGCCUUACAUUGUUAUACACCGUGCAUUGUUGAUAGUGCAGAUCCAGUCACAUUCUUGCACUGUGGUAAUGUUUGCCGCACGGUAUCAUUUCGGUAAUUGUCUUCUUUUGCUUGGGACUGGUUGCACCAACACAGCUUGCCAUUCCUGCGGCUCGUGGACAAUUAUUGCACUAAUGAAAAUAGGACCAUAACUCAUUCAGGAAACCAGAAUCAUGUGCUUGAUAUUUCACUCUCGUAAUUAUUGCAUAGCCCAUUAUACUUUUUUCUUUCAGCAUGGCGUUGGUGCAGCUAGUUCUGUUUUAGGUAUUUGUAGAUGUUUUCUUGAAACGUAACCACAGAAGCACAAAUAUGCUACUGUGAUUAGGGUUCAAGAAGGAGUAUUUUACUUGUUUGUGCCUGCCCUGAUGUCGUUCUUGUAUUGCGGGCAAAGUCUAAGAGUGACAUAUCCCCUACCUUUGAGUCCUCCAGAGAUCUCGAAGACUACACAUAUUCACUUAUGUCCACUUCCUGAAAGCAAGUUGGGCGCUCAAUAAUAGAGAACACUGUCUCACUUGCGACACGCACAUUUAGCCCUAGUGCGUGGCGCAAGCCCUGUUAUCCUAUAUUACUGUGCCGGAGUACUUGGCCGUUGAAAAGAACAUUUAGGACUCACUCACUAAGGACACUUGUCUUCCUGGAGAUUCACAUUAUGCGUUUGCGCUAUUAUCAUACCGCCUCGGUAUGAUAAUAGCAAAAAAUAAAUAGUUUUUCUAACUUUUUUAUCUUUACAGUGAAAGGAAAUUUUGUGACAUCCAUUUUUUCGGUCUUUUAGAACUUCCGGCUCGGCACCAGUAUUAUGUCUGAUUCCACUGGACUGAAAGUGGUGCCGCAGCCACGAAAAGCGUGCACGCACGGUUUCUCGAUUUGCGUCUAUUGUUUAUACAAUGAAAUACAAAUUGUCAAGUAAAUAAUUAUCACCGCCCAGCUUUAUUCGCGUGAUACUGCUUUCGCUGAAGCUUUGCACGGGAAGACUGCCACAUCCUCGUACACAUGGAAAUCCUUUGUCGCUCCUGCAGCCAGCCGAAGGCAGUAGGAAUUAUUGCACAUUUGUAUUCGUGGUCCUGUGCACUGCUAUGUGGAACCUGAAGUACGCCUAAGUACUUUUUGCACCCGAUGCUUUUGUACCUAAUGUUAUGUGUUUCUGAGCAAUAACUGUAAGCGAAGCGCAAGAUUCCAGCCGGGAAGGAAAAAGAAAGCGGAAAAGGUAAAGAAAUUAAGAUAACCUUUCUCUGGCGUCAGCUAGCUGAAAUACGCUUAUAUGAAGUAAACAAAACAGAUCCUGUGUCUUUUUCUAAGACUUUCUGUCGUCAAUGUUUUAGUAUUUCAUUUCAAUCCUUGGUUCGCCUUUUAGUAGCCAAGCGACAGCGCUUAAUGCGAUUGAGGGAGGGGGGGGGGGGGCAAACAACAGCCUGUGAUUUGACCAUGUGUUUGCUCGAGAAACCAGACAACAUUCUUCGCUUAUAGUUUUAGAUUCUGCGGAAAAAGCGCAAAGAAAAGCAUGGGAAGAGGUGCAGAAACGACAUUUCCUAAAUAAAGUGAGAGUAUAUGCUAACGUGGCUUGAAACGUUACUCUGCAGACUAUAAAAGCUUUGAUCCUUCAUUUAACCCACUACUGCAAAUAUAUUGAUAGGCCUCAAGCACGUGAGUGGGACAUACUUCUGAACGCGGGCAGCAUCGUGUCGUAAUCUCUUCGAGCGUGGGCCCUCUCCUCGUUGAUCACAUUGUCUCGAAGUUCCAAGAAUACU